AUGCCUGUGCCGGCUGCUGUUUCAUCUUCCCUGCCGCUCCUGGACGGAUUGCAGCGCCAAGUCUCCUCGGUGACCUUUCUUCUCCUCUGCGCUGCUGCUGUAGGGAUCGUCAUCGACAAUGAGUCCUCAGCAGAGGCCACAAUUGUAAGGGUAGAUAGCGCAAACGAAUAUGGGAUACAGCUGGAAGUGAUCCAGGUCAUGAUUGAUCUCAACCUUGUCAUAAGCAAGGCCUACAUAACCUCGGAUGGUGGAUGGUUCAUGGAUGUCUUCAAUGUGACCGAUAAGGAAGGAAAGAAGAUCAAAGAUGAGGCAACCCUUUCACAGAUCGAAGACUACAUCAGAAAGUCCUUGGGUGCAAAUUCAAGAUACAUUCCUUCCCGCCGGAGAUCAGUAGACGUCGCCGCUGCAGCUGACCACAAUGUCAUCGAACUAACAGGGACGGACAGGCCAGGCCUGCUCUCUGAAGUCAGUGCGGUGCUUGCCAGCCUCAAGUGCAACGUGGUCAGCGCUGAGAUCUGGACCCACAACACCCGAGCUGCGGCCGUGAUGCGGGUCACCGACGAGGACACCGGGCUGGCGGUCACGGACGCCGAGAGGCUGGAGAGGAUCAGGGAGAAGCUGUCGUCCCUGCUCCGUGGAGGCAAUCUCUCCCGGGGCGCUGCCAUGGCGUUGUCGUCAGGGACCGCCACCACGCACACAGAGAGAAGGCUGCACCAGAUGAUGCUUGACGACUGUGACUAUGAGCAGCUCCAGCGGCAAGCUCCAGGGCAGUCUCAGAGGCCUAAUGUCACCGUGAGGAACUGGAACGACAAGGACUACUCGGUGGUGACCAUCAGAUGCAAGGAUAGGUCCAAGCUUCUGUUCGACACGGUUUGCACUCUGACGGACCUGCAAUAUGUUGUUUUCCAUGCCAACAUUGAUGCCAAGGACAAUCAGGCAUACCAGGAAUUCUAUGUAAGGCAUGUGAAUGGAUCACCAAUGAACACUGAAACUGAGAGAUUGCGAGUCAUCCAAUGCCUUGAAGCAGCCAUUGAACGGAGGGUAUCCGAGGGUGUCAAGCUUGAGCUGUGCACUAAUGACAAGGUCGGGCUACUGUCUGAGGUUACCCGCAUCUUCCGCGAGAACAGCCUGACCGUCACAAGAGCAGAGGUGACCACGAGGGGCAGGAUGGCUGUGAACACGUUCUACGUCCGCGGUUCCACAGGAGAGGAUGUUGAUCAGAAGGCAAUAGACUCCAUCAGGCAAGCCAUAGGCCACAGCCUUCAGGUGAAAGGCCAGCCUGAGCCACAGGAAGCGCAGAAGAAAGAGUCCCCCACAUGGUUCCUCUUUGCCAACUUGUUUCGGCCAAGAUCUCUCUACAGUUUCGGGUUCAUGCGCUGA